AUGACGGUCCUCAUCACAGCAAAGUUGAAGCAACAUCCAUCUGAAAACACUGUGUUGACCAGUACCUCAUGCAGUGGAUGGGAGAACUACAAGAGCACAGUGGAAAGAGCCCAGUGCACACUGCAGGAUCCAGAGAGGGUUUCAGGAGCUCUGAUCAAUGUGGCAAAGCACCUGGGCAACCUGAAGUUCAGAGUCUGGGAGAAGAUGAAGGAGAUUGUUCAACAUACUCCUGUGGUUCUGGAUCCCAACACUGCAAGUUCUCGUCUCAUCCUGUCUGAGGAGCUGGUCAGUGUGAGACUUAGUGAUGAAAAACAGCAGCUUCCUGAUAACCUAGAGAGAUUUGAUGACUGGUACAGUGUGCUGUGCUCUGAAGGCUUUAACUCAGGGACUCAAUGCUGGGAUGUGGAGGUUGGGGAGAACACGUGGUGGCAUGUGGGUGUGAUGGAAGAGUCCCUCCAGAGGAAGGGUUACUAUUUCUCUGAGAUUGAAAGUUGGUACGUGGAGUAUGAGGAUGGAGAAUACAGAGUGCAGUCUCCACCACAGCCCUCCACUCUCCUCACAGUGAAGCAGAAACUCCAGAAGAUCAGAGUGCAGCUGGACUGGGACAGAGGAUUCCUGUCAUUCUUUGACCCUGAUAAUAACACACACCUACACACUCUUACACACAUUUUCACUGAGAUCGUGUUUCCCUAUUUGAAUAUUGGCUGUGGUUUCUCUCCUCUGAGGAUCUUACCAGUGAACACUUCAGUAACUGUACAGCACAAUUAUGUCAGGACCCAAAAGUAAGUAUGUCAAGAAACACAUACAAAUGCAAAACCUGGACCCUCUGUAACUGAUACACAC